UAAUCGGCUGUAUUACGUCUUGUGUUUUGGUUACGCAAACAUAAACUGAUUUUGACCCUCGGCAGGUUCCGUCGUUAUUUUUAGAAGGCAGUCGGGCAAGUUGACGAGUUUAAAGGUGAAGGCGGCGAGCAACAAUGUCAAGCAGUGUGCUGUGUGGUCGAAGCAGGUUGGUCCUGCCUCAGACUGCUGGCCGACAAGCUUGGACAUCACUCAGGGUUGCAAGAAGUAGAACGUUCUCAGCUGCAAGCUCUGAUGAGCCAUACCUUGCUGUGUCACCCGCAGACUCAGGUCCCAGGACCGUGUGGCCAGAUGAGAGCAUGGGACCAUUUGGACCUCAGGACCAGCGCUUCCAGUUGCCGGGUAACGUAGGGUUUGACUGCCACCUGGAAGGCAUGGGGAACCAAAAGAAGGUUCCAGUUCACAGGACUGUGCCUGAUGUACUGACGACUCCAAGCAGCACAGAGAGACACCAGUUUACACUGGCCCAGUUUGUCAAUGAGUUUCAUGGAAAAUUGGGCCCUUUAUCUACAAGAGUCCACAAAGCUGAUCAGUACUUUAACCAGACAGAGACAGACUGUUCUAUAAGUUCCUGCCCUGAACUCUUAAGAAAAGAACUCGAGCUGUUGUUCCCCUCGGCACCAACGGCCUCCAUCACAGUUGUGACAGUGACACAGAGGACCAGUCGGAGAGACGACGGAGCAGCAGAGCCGGACCAAGACCAACUGCUUCAUAAAUUUGUGAGCGGUGCUAAGGAGAUGUGUUUUGCCCUGUGGACGGCGGGAUACUGGGCAGACUUUAUUGACCCAACAACAGGAGAAGCUUUUUUUGCGUCUCCAUCAAGUGUGACCGCACUGAUAGCAGAGGAGCAGCUCAGACAUCUGGGCUUUCACAUCGAAGUGUCGGGCUCCUGCACCGUCAUUCGCCACAUCCUCAGGGGAACGCCUUUAUUCGUUGGGGCUGUUUUCACCAAUGCACCUCCUAACAGUGCUGCUAUUACGAGAUUACAAGGACUAUCGAAUGGAUCUGAUGAUGAAGAAUAGGGUUAUUUUUAAUAAUCUCCACCAGGAGAUCUGCACAGAAUGCCUCUAAUUGUGGUGUCGGAGAUGUGUGAUUUGGCCAGGUUGUUUGUAAAAAACCUAUCUAACUGGAACACUGUAAGGACACCCCAGUGCUAUUAACGACUCUACCACAGACCUUUGUUUUGUCCUUCACUACAUCCAGGGUGAACCACACUUGGCAAAGCGUCAACUUUGCCAUAUGCUCAAUCUGUAGAAAGUGUAAUAUUUUUAGAGAAUAUUUGUAUUUAUGAAAUAAUAUUUUCCAGGUGAAUAUUCCUCGCAGGAACAGUGCAAGGUUCAAAACGACCAUAACACGUCAGCUAGAAAGAUUUCAGAUCACCUUUUACAACAACGUGGAUUAUUCUGUUGCACCCAGUCUGAGGAAACAACAGAAACAGUUUCCAUUGAAGUACCACACUGCAAAUAAAAUGUUUUCCUUUCA